AUGAACAAAACUCACCCCCAGAGAAGUGUUCAUGUAGCUACUUUUGAUUCAAUGAAGUCUUUCUCUGAAGAAAGAGCCCGCCGCCGGCCCCGCGCGGGCUGCACCCGGAGGCGCGUCUGCCUCGCCGCCGCCGCGCUGCUCGUCCUCGCCGCCGUCGCGGCGGUCGUCGGCUCGGCGGUCGUGCUGGGGCUCCUGCCACGCGCGCCAGUGAACCGUUUCUGUGCAGCCUCUAAUAACCGGACAGGCUUCUUGUGCGACGACAGAGUGACUUGUGUCCCAGCCAGCCAGGUCUGCAACAGAAUCCCGAACUGCAGGAGUGGAGAGGAUGAGCAGGAGAAGCUCUGCGAUGACUUGCCCAGUAGCCUACCAGGAUACCUGGUUUUCCGCUGCGGUAACGCUGCGUACUGGAUUUACGCUGAUCAGAGGUGUAAUGGGAUGAAUGACUGUGGGGACUGCUCUGACGAGAUGGAGAGCUUGGCUGCCUGCCCCGCUUGUGGGCCUGAGUGGUGGAGCUGCACUCCUGUGCUCUAUGAGUAUUGCACCUGCAUCCCAAAGAGACUAUGCCGGGACAGCAUCCAGCACUGUGCAAGUUGGUCUGAUGAGUAUAUCUGCAAACCAUGAAGUCUUGGUGCCAAGAAAUGUUGGAUACCGCAGGGCACAUUCUGCAUUGUCACCUUUAAAACUUGUUGUUCUCCUGCUUUGCCACUGACUCUUGAAGCUCUAACCUGAGCA